AUGAGCCCUGGAGAACUAGCCCUUGCCAGUGGCAACCACACCCACGUGACGAAAUUCAUCUUGCUGGGGUUCUCCAACUAUCCCGACCUCCAGGAGCUGCUCUUUGGAACCUUCCUGCUGAUCUACACCAUGACAGUGGUGGGCAACCUGGGGAUGAUGGGGCUCAUCCUCACAGACGCCCGUCUCCACAGCCCCAUGUACUUCUUCCUCAGCGUCCUCUCUUUCCUUGACAUCUGUUACUCCUCGGUGGUCACACCCAAGCUCUUAGUCAACUUCCUGGCGUUGGACAAGUCCAUCUCUUUUGAGGGCUGUGUGGUCCAGCUGAUCUUCUUUGUGGUACACGUGACGGCAGAGAGCUUCCUGCUGGCCUCCAUGGCCUUUGACCGCUUUGUUGCCAUUUGCCGGCCCCUCCAUUACAGUUCUGUCAUGACCAAGGAGACUUGCCUUCAGCUGGUGGCUGCUUCUUAUGCCGUUGGUGGUGUCAACUCUGCUAUCCAGACGGGGAACGUCUUUGCCCUUCCUUUCUGUGGGCCCAACCGCGUGACACACUAUUUCUGUGACAUUCCACCCCUCCUCCAUUUGGCUUGUGCCAACACAGCCACGGCAGAAGUGGUCCUCUACAUCUUCUCAGCGCUGGUCACCCUUCUGCCGGCUGUCAUCAUCAUCACCUCCUACAGCUUCGUCUUGGUGGCCAUUGGGAAGAUGCGCUCAGCAGCUGGACGCGAGAAAGCGCUGUCCACCUGUGCCUCUCACUUCCUGGCCAUCGCUAUUUUUUAUGGCACUGUGGUUUUCACCUACGUACAGCCGCACGGGUCCACGAAUGAUACCAAUGGCCAAGUGGUGUCUGUCUUCUACACCAUCAUCAUUCCCAUGCUCAACCCCUUCAUCUACAGCCUCCGCAACAAAGAAGUGAAGGACGCUCUGCAGAGGAAGCUCCGGGGAAGACUCUUCCCCUGCUGA